AUGCCCGGCGCCGUCGAAUAUCCGGCUUCCUCCUCUGGCAGGCUACUUCUAAUCUCCAAUCGCCUGCCAAUCACCAUCAAGCGCUCCGAUGAAGGCCACUACUCAUUCUCCAUGUCCUCGGGCGGUCUCGUACCAGAGGGCGAGGCCGGACCCAUGAGGGGGCAGUUGAAAGAGAAACACAACGCCAUCCCCGUGUUUGUCGACGAUGAGCUUGCCGACCGUCAUUACAACGGGUUUGCCAACUCGAUCCUCUGGCCCCUUUUCCACUACCAUCCCGGCGAGAUCACUUUCGACGAAUCCGCAUGGGCCGCAUACCGCGAAGUAAACCGGCUAUUUGCCCAGACCGUGGUCAAGGACGUACAGGACGGCGAUCUCGUGUGGGUGCACGAUUACCAUCUGAUGCUUUUGCCCCAGAUGCUGCGCGAGGAGAUUGGCAAUUCCAAGAAGAACGUCAAGAUUGGCUUCUUUCUUCACACGCCCUUCCCGAGUAGCGAGAUUUAUCGCAUCCUGCCUGUCCGAGAGCAGUUGUUGUUGGGCAUCCUCGACUGCGAUCUGAUCGGGUUCCAUACCUACGAUUACGCGAGGCACUUUUUGAGUAGCUGCUCAAGGAUACUAUCGACGACAACAACGCCGAAUGGCGUCGAUUGGAACGGCAGGUUCGUGACGGUCGGGGCGUUUCCUAUCGGUAUCGAUCCCGAAAAGUUCAUUGAGGGUCUUAAGAAGGAGAAUGUGCAAAAUCGCAUCGCCGCCCUAAAGCUGUUCCUCACCGAGCACCCGGAGUGGAUCGGGAAGAUCGUGCUGGUACAGGUAGCUGUGCCCAGCAGACAGGACGUCGAGGAGUACCAAAACCUGCGGGCCGUCGUCAACGAGUUGGUCGGGCGCAUCAAUGGCAAGUUCGGCACCAUCGAGUUCAUGCCGAUCCACUUCCUACACCAGUCGGUCACUUUCGACGAGCUCACGGCUCUCUACGCCGUUAGUGACGUCUGUCUGGUCAGCUCGACCCGCGAUGGCAUGAACCUGGUCUCGUACGAAUACAUCGCUACGCAGCGCGAGCGCCACGGCGUCAUGAUCCUUUCCGAGUUCACGGGGGCCGCACAGAGCCUCAACGGUAGUCUCAUCGUCAACCCUUGGAACACGGAGGAGCUCGCCAACGCCAUCCAUGACGCCGUCACCAUGUCGCCCCAGCAGCGCGCGACCAACUUCCGCAAACUGGAACGAUACGUCUUCAAGUACACAAGUGCUUGGUGGGGGCAGAGUUUUGUCACGGAGCUGACGCGUCUCAACGCGGGCGAGGAGUCGAAGGCGGGUAAAAAGGGGAAUGCGGCCCAACUAGCGCUGCAGAGCGCGGCCGAGGGGGUUGCGGGUGCAACGAACAAGGCGGUCGAAGGCGCCCAGGAGGCUAUUGCCGCUGUUUCCGGGGAUAACAAGGAGUCGGAGUGA